CUUUUCUUUCCUUUUUUCCCCCUUUCUUUUUUUUUUUCACUUCCCAUCCUGAUCGUUUUUCCUUUUAUCGCGAACGUGCUUGGCCGCACCUUCGAGCAUACGGAGAGAAAGAGAAAGAAAAAUAAAGAGAGAGAAAUAGACAGACAGACAAACAGAGAGAGAGAGAGAGAGAGAGAGUCCAGAGAGAUAGUUUCAUCGUGGCAUAAAACAGUAAUCUUUCUGCAGGCUAAGAGUAAAGAUCGACCGGAAUCUCUUCUGCCUUCGUCUCCUCUAUGCGCUUUCUGAUGAAAGAGAGAGAGAGAAAAGGAUAGAGUAGUUGUAGAUAGCGAUGGGUUCGUGUUAUUGCUACCGAGAGACGUGUCGAUGGAAUGGAAACGAUUCGAUAAAGAGAAACCACAAAUUUCUAGCGAUCGAGCGCCAAGGAUGAUGCUCGAGGUGGUAGAGCAAACUGGAGAGCUAUCAUCCCAUUUGCGUCCUGAAAAGAACGGCUAUCAUAAUCGCGACGGGACUGCUGGUGGAUCCUUUUUCUAUCAUUCCGGUGAAGCGUCUGGUGAGAACGCGUCCACGGGUACCGGAUCUCGUGGUGGCGAUCGUGGAGAAGCAGCGGAUUUAGGAACGCACACAGAAGAGAACGAGGAGACCACCCUGGCCGCGAACACAGCGGUCGACGGCAGGGGCGGAAGCCCCCAGGACGCCCACCUUUCGGGUUCGGCAACUAGCAGGCCUCCAAGAGGUAGAAGACGUCAAAAUCAGAAUGGUCUCGAUACCGCUCAAGUUAAAACUGAACGACUCACGCCCGACAAUAAUUCGACCUCGUCUAGAAGCGUAACGCCGUCUUCGUCGAGUCAUCCAGGCACGCCGCCAAAUGCAACUUCCCUCGGUGGACCCGAAGGGCCACCACAACCGCCGCAUCAUCUCAAGCACAUGGAGCAGAUGAUGGGACGAAACUGCAGCGAUUUUAUGAGAAGCCUAGCCGCCAAGUACAACAACGCCAACCCUAACGAUUACUUCAGUACUCUAAGGAACGGCUAUCCUCCUGGUUUGGAUCCCAGGUUUCCUGCGUUCAAGACCGCAGCCACGCCGUUCGUCGGUCUAAUGGCCCCGCUUGGCGCGCCACAACCAACCACCGUUCAAACCACCUCACCACUCUCCAACAAGGAUCCCAAGGAACAGAAACAGGACAGCAUCUUCGGGAACCCAGUGUUUCCACCUAUGCUCGAUAUGUCAUCGACGCAAGCACUCUUGCACAUGGUGCGAACGGCUAACGCGGCUCAGAACGCAGCCGAACUCGAAACUUAUCUCAAAGGUGCAAAUAAACGUGACGCGGGAGUGACGAGUCCUUUGGAUCUCUCAACGCCAGGAGGAUUUGCACCUCGUAAAAGGCAAAAAACAGAAACGAGAAGAUCAGGGAGUAUAUCUCCGAAACCGAAAGCAAUCCCACCUGGUCCGAGCACGCCGCCACCCAUCAGAUGUCCUUCUUUGUGCGGGCACAUGCCGUGCGGAGAUGGACAAGCGGUUAAUCGUUGGACCAUUGAAGACGUCGUCAAUUACGUCUCCUCGAUCGACACUUGUGCGGAGUACGCUCAGAAUUUCCGGGAGCACCGUAUAGACGGAGCAGCGUUACCGCUACUGUCGGAGGAACACUUAAGAGGAACGAUAGGUAUGAAACUGGGGCCAACCUUGAAGCUUCGAGCAAUGCUUGGACGGAAGCUUGGGGCGUGUACCGUCUGUCUUCAUUGUGCACAUUGCCAUAAGACACCGCUACCAAUACUAAGCACGGCAGCUGCGGCUGCUGUCGUACAGCAACAACAACAACAGCAGCAGCAGCAGCAACAACAAUUGCAACAGGCACAAGGUAGACGUCCGAGUAGUACGGGUAACUGACAAAUACUGGCGGGGGCUCCUUCUUUUGGCCUUGACGGAGCGCCUGCCAUUACGAUUGACUCUACAGAUCCAAACAGAGCCUUGAGGAUAGAAAGGCGUAUUCCACGGCCUAUACGUAAACCCGAGGUUGUCUUCAAAAAACCGAUCAAACAGUGACACCUGGAGAAACUUUACUUUCGAAUUUUUAACGAACAAACAUUUUUCAUUAGAAUCACCAUAAUCGUGAAUGACGAUAUAUAUAUAUUUUUCGUAGUUAAAAUGCGAAGUGUCGAAGUUAAGUGUGUCGUCCAAUAAGUUGGUUCACUAAAGCCUGCAUAUUUAGCUCGUUAUAGUUGGACAAACUUGUUGUGUGAGUAUCAUCCUUGUUCGAAUUUUCGAUAAAACUUUUUUUUCAUUCUCUUUUACACAAGGGAGAAUAUAUAUAUAAUUAUUUGAAUUUUCUGUGACAAGUGUUAGAAAUAUGGAUAUUGAAACGUGUCAAUCGACUACAAUUACGAAUAAACGAGAGAACAGAGACUUUAGUCGAUGUUGAUAACUUGUACCUAGUAUAAGAGUACCUAGAAUACUGCUCAGAGAUAUUUUCGAGCAUAAGCAUGGAACAAAUGUCACUUUUUUUUCUCCAAAUAACUAUUUAUAAAAUCUAAUAACGUGGAAUAGAUAUAUAUAUUUUUAUGCGUGAGAGAAAAUAAGAAGAAGGUGUAACAAAAGUAUAACAGAUCAGGAUUAAAUCUUGAACGCCUAAUAUUAUAAUAAAAACGUGUAUAGAAAUAUUAUAUAGGACGUAUUAAUUAUGAGAUAAUUGAAGAUUUUUUAAAAAUGAAAAACACGUGCCUACGCUCGAAAUGUCUUCCAGAAAGAAGUGUCGUUUACAAUCACUAUCAUUUUGUUAUCGCGUUAUACAUUUAACAAUUCGAUAGGUUUGCAAGAAACCUUGAUUAAAUAAAUAUUAUAGUUAUAUUAUACGAGAAGUGCGAACACCUGUGCUAAGAAUUAAUCGUGGAAUUGUAUUAAGUAGAUGUAUACUUAAUACUCGCGUGAAAAGGAAAAAUAAAAUACAAAAGAAAUCUGAUGUAACUAUUAUUUGAGAAUCAUGUGCAAUAAAAUGAUACGCGAGUUUCGCCGAACUAUAAAAUACGUACUUUUUUAAGCAAACGAAUAAUCUUAUAUUAUAUUAUUGUAGAAAUGAAUUAUGAAAGAUUAUAUUAGCAUCGAUAAUUGUUCCGUUCGUAUCAUAUGCUCAUAUAUUUACAUGUGUACAUUGUAACGACGUUUUUAUAUCGACGAUUCUAACGAUAAAAAUACUAAAUUUUAUAUUUUUGCUAAUGUUCUAUUGCAAAUAAAAAAAAAAAACCGGAAAAAAAAGA